AGAUGUAGCUUUAGCCAAACUGGGGGAUUUUGGAGUCCACAUGAAAAUGAUUGCAGCUCCUAUCAACCCGUCAGACAUCAAUAUGAUUCAAGGAUCCUAUGCCAUUCUUGCUGACUUACCUGCAGUUGGAGGGAACGAAGGAGUUGGGCAAGUGAUGGACACAGGAAAUUCUGUGACAACUUUGAAACCAGGAGACUGGGUGAUUCCAGCUGAUGCGGGACUUGGAACUUGGCGAACAGAAGCAGUAUUUGAUGAGAAAAUUCUGCUGAAAAUCCCCCCAGAUAUUCCAUUGACUUGUGCUGCCACACUGGGUGUUAACCCCUGCACAGCUUAUCGGAUGUUGUGUGAUUUUGAGACUUUGGAUCCAGGUAAGUAUGUAAGUGUGUGUGUAUACGUAUGUAGAAUUUGUAUGAUGGCCCAACUUGAAAAUUGUAGCUUUGGGCACCAUAUAGGGAAACAUACAAAAACCCCACAAGUUCUGCUGUUUCUAAACAAAACCAUGUUACAGUUGGAUGAAAUUCCUAAACCCUCGUUAGCUCUGAAUGGUGUUGGAGGGAAAAGUGCUACUGAGCUGAUGCGUCACUUGCGGCAAAGUGGGACCAUGAUUACCUACGGUGGGAUGUCAAAGCAGCCUGUGACAGUCCCUGUGAGCGCACUGAUCUUUAAGGAUGUCAAGCUUUGUGGCUUUUGGAUGACCCAGUGGAAGAGGGCCAAUGCCCAGAGCAAAGACAAGCUGGAAACAAUGAUAGCAGAUCUGUGCACUCUCAUUCGAAAGGGUCAGUUGGUUGCUCCUGCCUGCCAAGAAGUCCCUUUGGUAGAUUACCAAGCAGCUUUGAAGAUUUCCCAGGAACCAUAUGUAUCAGUUAAGCAGAUCCUCCGGAUGUGAAGAUCAUCUGAUGAGAAAAUAACAGACAAGCAUGUUCAGUCCCAGAAGGCCUGAAUGAUUCAGCAUUACAGAACCGAAGUGAUUUAUAUCCUCACGUCCAUCUUCUGGCUCAACAGGGACAGACAGAGGAGUGCGGAGCAAACAGUGCAGGCUUAACAUAGAGGGGAAAUCACUAUCCAAUAUCAGUGAUGGCAUGGGAGCUAAAGCAAUUUUGGUUUCUAUCCAACCAGGGAAUCCUUGUAGACUUUCUCUUUUUAU